AUGAGGACACCCGAGAAACUGAAGAUUUUGCAUACAGUGUGGCAAGUGCAGCAGUGCCAGCCGCUUUACUGCCGAAGCAAGUCGAGACUGCUACAGCAAAUGACCUUACAGAUAGCGCGCAAAGCUGUAACGACCGGUGACUGGACCCAGUUGUCAGGCACCAUCUACAAAGCAAUUAAAGAAGAACUGUGGGUAGUAGGACAAGUAUUGAUGAGAGGAACUCGUAUUGUGAUCCCUCAGAGCCUUUGGAAACAAACCAUCAUGUUGGCACACGAAGAUCAUCAGGGCAUGGUCUGUACUAAAGUCAGGUUGCGAGAGAAAGUGUGGUGGCUGCAAAUGGACAAGGUGGAGGAUGCCAUAUGUUCUUGCCAUCCCUGUCAGCUUGUAGGACCAAGAGCAAAACCAGAACCCGUGAUGUCAAGCAGUCUGCCUGAUGGGCCCUGGCAGGAGAUCUCAGUUGAUGUUCUUGAGAUCUCAAGUAGUGAACACCUCUUGGUAGUUGUCGACUAUUAUUCUCGUUGGCUCGAGGCCAUUCUCCUGAAGAAGACAGAUGUUCAACUCGUGAUAAAGAGUAUGGGAGCUAUUUUCAGAACACAUGGAUUACCAGAAGCUCUACGCAGUGACAAUGGACCACCAUUUGCGUCGAAGGAAUUUGAGGGCUUCCUAGAAUACUUGGGUAUAAGCCACAAGAAGGGCGUACCCUAUUGGCCACAGAGCAACGGAGAAGUGGAGCGUGGCAAUGAAGCAAUUCUGAAGAUUGAGCGAAUUGCUCGCUUUGAAGGGAAAGAUUGGAGAAAAGCACUUGAGAACUUUCUCUUCCAGUAUAGAGUUACCCCACAUACUGUUACUGGAGUGUCGCCCGCAGAACUACUGAUGAGGAGGAAACUGCGCGACAAGCUUCCUCGAGUUGAAUUCUCCAAAGACCGUACAACGGAAGGAUAUUAG